AUGUCAUGGUAUAAUUCAGAUAAAUGUAAACACUUAUUCUAAUUUUGUAUCAAUCAGUAUAACGUUAAAAUGAAAUAACUCAAUGUGAUAGAUAGUAUAUCAGAAUACAUUAAAAUUUAUAAAAGAAUGCAGUAAAUAAAUGCUCUUUAAAAAACAAUAGUUUAGAAUGAAAAUUUUAAGACAAUUAACUAAAUAGAUAGGUAGAGGUUCUACACUUAUGUGCGGUUUGAAUAGAUUUCGGUUAAUGUACAAUAUUUAAUUUAUCAAAAGGAUUUAUUAAAGUAUUUCUGUUUUCUAUAUCAAACAUUGAUAAUCUUUAAUGUAAGAUGA